AUGCCAGUAAUUCAGCACUUUCCUCAGCCGCCGGCGCUCGCAGUCCCACCGACACAGCACGGCCAACCGAGUCCACUCAGUCCCAGUGAUUUGCCACCAUUUUAUCACAGUGAAACUGACCAUAGCCAAUUUGCCGGGCACGCCAAUCCAGACUCUCCUACUUUGGGAGGGCUCUCAAGUGGUCACGGCGCUCCAGCACCGCCUCAGGCCGGGGGCAGUCGCUUUCCUGGGGCAUAUGGGAGCCACGACACGGCGGCACAUUCUGAGGACCCAAGCCACUUGGGCCCACUACCAUAUUAUCACACUGACGACCAUAGCAAAUUUGCUGCACCCGCCCUGCCAGACUCUCCCACUCUACCAUCAUCACAUGCGCCCGCCGGACAUGCCCCAACAGGUCUUCAUCUAGCGGUGGCUCCUCAUGAAGAAGACUGGGGGGAAGAAGAGAACGAACAGCAUUUCCCGGAGAUGGGCGAAGAGGAGGGCGAAGAGGGUGAAGAAGAACCGGAGUACUAUGACGAGGAGGAAGAUGAGGAAGGAGGACAAGGUCACGCUUGGGCAUGA